AUCAAUAAAGAACUAUAACGAGUCGAAAUAUUUUGAAAAUGUUAUCAUGUACAGAAUAUGAUAAAAUAAUCAUUUGAUGAAAAUUUCAAGUACCUACGGUUAUUAGUUUUUGAAUAACGACAAAAAGAACAUCGUUGUAGCCUAUGAGAAUUUGUUAAUUUUCGGGUGAAUAUUCAAUGUCUAACUUCAAAAGCUCGUAAAAAUUUUUAAUCCUCAUCCAGUUGUUCUGAAAUGGCUUUCUGGCUAUAUAAAAGGCAAUAUUAUUUAUUAUAAGUACAUCCACUCUCCUUACAACAACAAUGGUAUGAAGGUGUUUUCUGCAGAAAGGAAGCCUAAGCAAGAAAGCCUACGAGGCUUAAUAAAUACCCACAUCAAUGACAUUGUAAAUUAUAUAUUAUUAUUUAUUAUACACAAAAUAGGUUAAAAUAUUUUUUUAAAUGUUAAUAGUGUCGUUUAAUUUUAGAUUUAUAUUUCAUGAGUAUAUUUUUUUAAGUGUGUAAAAUAAAAAUUGGUUGGUAACCAUUGAAGUACCUACUAAAUUUUAUAAAAAAGCAAUGGAGCUUUUCAAAACUCAGCCAUGGCUCUUAGAAUAAUGUUGACUAUUCGAAUAACUUCAGCUAGAGCAGAACGCAAAUUCUCAAAGUUAGGACUUUUAGAAAUUUAUUUAAGACAUGAGACGUAUCACGCCUCAAGAGCGUUUUUCUGGCUUGGCUUUAUAAGAAGACCCCGAACAUUUUUAAAUUAUGAAAAAAUCAUUGAAGAUUUCGUGGCUUAUAGGUCUAGAAAAAUAUAUAUGACUAUAUAAGUAUAGCACUGUUACUAAUACCCUCUACACGUUUACAUCGUGCAAGAUAUAUAUAUGACGAAUUUCGGUUACUGAGUUACUCUGAUAAGGUAAAAUAUAAAUAUAUAUAAUAUAUUCAUAAUAUAUAGGUAAUAUUUAUACUAAAAGCGCAGCACCACUAUCGGCAAUCAAUGUACUUAUUUGGCAUAGGACGGGCUGGUCUAUAACAGUAAAAGGUCUAUGACCUAACAAUGUAAUAUUAUGUAUUUCAUUUUAUUUUUUUGAAGUACCUACCUAUUAAUGAAAAACUAUUUUUAACACGUGUAUUUACAUUUAUAUUUUUGUCUUUUAGUUUAUCUAAUUUUGUAUGAUUAAAAUAAUUCUUGUCACGCCUGCACCGAAGUUUGGUUUCGAUAGCGGUUGGAGUGUUGAAGGGCGGGCGGUAAAGUGGGAAUCCCUAAUAGUGCCGGGCGAUAAAGUGGAAAUCUCCAAAAGUGGCUGCGCGCACAUUUCACGCGCGACGCGCGUAUACUCUGCACAGUCACUAAAAUAGUGAAAUCUAUACCACGGCCGUCGGUUCCUUACAAAUUAUAAACUUUUGGUUACAUCUCGUAAUCAUAGUAUAAUCUCCAUGCGUGAAGCUUUAAAUAAAUAAAACCAAAUCGUUUCUUUCAUGAAAUAUAUUGUUGUCGUAUAAUAAAUAGUCUAGUUGUUGCAUAGAUCCCUGCAUUACCUUUGACGUUAUCGAUGAAAUGCAGUGGCGUGUAGUCCAGGUUCGCCAGGAAUGAUUGGUCCACAAGGCUUACCUGGUCCAACUGGAAACCCAGGUGAACGAGGUUUACGCGGUGAAAAUGGUCCACAAGGUGUAGACGGACCUCCCGGCCAAAGAGGUAAAGCGGGACCUCCCGGAGUUCAAGGAGUAAAAGGAGAUAAAGGAGACAUAGGCCCUGAAGGAAUGAAAGGUCAUAAGGGCUUAAUGGGCUUACAGGGACUACCAGGUGCCCCAGGUGCUGAUGGUCAAAAGGGUAAUAAUGGGUAUCCUGGACCUCCUAGACCAGUUGGUGAACAAGGAACAAAAGGACCCCCCGGACAAGAUGGAAAUCCUGGAUUACAAGGUUUAGUGGGACAACCUGGUCCUAGGGUUACUCGCCUUCUUCUCUUUAAAACAGAAAUGUCUUCAAAUACGCUAAACCAGUUAGAUGUGUUGGAUGAUGUUAGUACCACGAGCCGUGCAAUGGUGGUCACCAGAAAGACGGUUCGACGUAAAAGCCGAGCGUACAUCAUGCCUUUGAUUAUGUUAAAACGGCCCAUGGAUUUAUACGAGGGAUUGUCGAGCCGUGCUAAAUAUUACGGUGCCAUGGCCGCAAAAAGACUGCAGACUACGUAUUAUGCCAACAUUGAAGUGGCGAUCGAGGCAAAAAAGAACACGCCGACCGAUUUAAUAGACCAAAUAACGGAAUCGAUAUUCCGGAAGCUGGUCGCGGCUUGUCUGCAGGACUUGCCGCUGGUCGUCGGAAAAACGGUUCGUCGUAAACGCCGAGCGUACAUAAUGCCUUUGAUGUCGUUGAGCCGGCCAAUGGAUUUACACGGGGGAUUCUCGAGCCGUGCCAAAUAUUUCGGUGCCAUGGCCGCAAAAAGAUUACAGACAACGUAUUAUGCCAACAUUCAAGCGGCGAUCGAGGAGGAAAAUAAAUUGCCGACCGAUUUAGUGAAACAAUUUAUGGGUUCGAUAAUCCAGAAGCUGGUCGCGGCUUGGGUACAGGACUUGCCGCUGGACGGUUGUGCACAAGACUUGCCGCUUCAGAAUUCGCCUUUCGAAAUAGUGGACCCCGUAAUCACCGAUAUAACGGCAAAGAAUGGACGCCGAUCAAUGGCUCCGACUUCGGCCAGUCGAUCCGUGAAUUCUUUCGAUGAGGGCUGCACGAGCCGUGCGGAAUUUAAUGGCGUCGCGACAUAUUACCAUAAUUCUAUGCCGAAUAUUGCAGCAAUCGAAUUUGAAAACGAUGUGCCGUCCGGUUCGAGGAGUCUGGAUUCGGUGCAGGUCACCGGGAAAAACAUGAAACAAAGACGCCGAACGAUUUGGUCUCGCACAAAAAAAUUUUUAAGGCGUAUGUUGUGCUGUAGUACAGCUACUGCAGAUUAGAUUAUUAUUGUAAAUUGUAAUUAUUAAAAAUUAUAUUACCUAUGUAUUAUGUUCAUGUAUUAUUGAUAAUGAAAAUGUAAAUUGUAAAUUUGUAUAAAAAUUAGAUUACCUAUGUAUUAUGUUUAUGUAUUAUACCUACACGAAAUUAAAUUAAUUACAAAUAAUAUGUGUUAAUGUUGUAUAAUUCAAUAUCAGUUUCAAUUUUAUGUAUUAUUAACACUUCAAAAACACUUCGUUAGAACUCCGUGUAAAAAAAAAAGCUAAGAAAAAAAAAAAAUUUUAGUAAUGAUUAAAUGUAAAAUGCCAUUUUAUAAUAUUACAAAUACCUAUGAUGACAAAUAAGAUCAAUUGUAAUGUUAAAUACUUAGUCAACAUAUUAUGUUUAACUAUUUGGCAGGACG